AUGUAAAAAGUUGAAAGAAAUAAUUACAGUAAAAAGAUCUGCUCCCUUUUGUAAAAUUUAGAUCUCUUUGCAUAAGAAGUAUAACUAAGAAUUAAUAAAAAUGAUAAAUUCUUUACUCCCCUUGGAAUAAUUAUGUCCCUGAUUUUAAUUACACUUUCUUUAAUAUUAGCAAUUAACAAUAUUGUGGAUGUUAUUCAAAAAACAAAUCCCUCGGUAGUCUCCUCUGAUCAAUAAGAAUAAGAAACUCCAAAUUUUAUACUUAUGCCAAACAAUUUUACUUUUGUAAUAAGCGUAAAUAAAUUCAACCUGGACAACAUUUAUGGGCUUGAUACCCUAUUUAGUUUGUAGUUUACCUAAUGUUAUAGGAAGAGAGAUACUGAAACCAGAAAAAUAACUUAAGAAUAUAGUAAUUUUGAGGCAUAAUUUUAAAAAGCUUAUUUUUAACAAUUUAAUAAAAGUAAUAUUUAUUGCAUAAAUCAGGAUGAAUGGAUAGCAAAUCCUUUUUCUAUUCAAGGAUCAGCUGCCUCUAAUGAGUUUAGAUAUCUUAAAUUCAAUUUGCUUGUGUGUUAAAACAAAAGUGAAAAUAAUACCUGUUACCCAAAAGACUACAUCCAAGCAAAUUUUCCAGGAGGAUUACUAGUUUAUUAUGUGCAAGAUUAACUGUUAGAUUUGAAGAAACCUGAAGAAUUCUUUGUUCCAUCUAUUCGUCAAGGUUCGGCCAUAUUUGCCUAGAAAACCUAAAAGACUAUAAUUGCAUACCAUAAGACUGUAUAUGUUCAAACAGAUGUUGGUUUAUUCAUCGAGGAUCUUUAAGAACGAAAUAGUUACUAGAAUUACCUAGAAAAGGAGUCGUCAGAUGCAGUUGAUACAAAUAAGCUGAUAGAAUAUGUUUAUCAAUUAGAUCCUAGAUAAACCUUUUAUAAUAGAUCAUAUCCCAAGAUUCAAGAUAUAAUAGGUACAAUAGGAGGUCUUUGGCAAGCUAUGUAUUUUAUAAUCUCAAUUCUCAUUAUGCCAUUUAUCUAAGGGUUUAUGGAAUUAAGUUUGAUUAAUAAGUUUUUCACAUUCUCAUACAAAACAAAUGCAAUUCUCGAUGAUUGUUCCAUAUCCUAGAAUAGAAGUAAUUUACUUAGUCCUCCUCAGUCUAAAUCAACAAUUAAGAAAUCUUUUACUACUUAAAAGUUGUAAAUAGAAAAAAUAUCAGAUACUACUUAAAUUGCAUAAUUCUUAAGGGAGAGAAAAACUUUACUAAAAUUGAACCUAUCUGAUUUAUGUGGUUUCAUUUUUGGUAGUUAAAAGAAGCAAAGAAAGCAAUUUGAAUACAGUCAAAGAAAAAUACUAUAGAAAUUGGACAUAACAUUUAUAUUGCACAAAUUAUUUGAAAUAGAUAAGUUAAAGAUGGUUUUAUUCACUGAAAACUAGUUGAAAUUGUUUAAUUAUUUUCCAAAACCCUGUGUUUCGGAUUCUUUAAUACUUAAUUCAAACGAUAAACUAUUGUAGAACCAAGAACGACAAAUAGAGUUUUCAUAUCUUCUGAAAGAAGAACUAACACAUGAAAUGAAGGUUCAAGAGGCUUACAAGGCUUAUAAGAAAAUAAAGAAACUGAAUAAUUAAGAAUAGUUGGACCAAAGAAUUCUAAUUCAUUUAGAUUAGGAUCUAAGAAAUCUAUUUGAUAGCCUCAUUGAAUCAGAUUUAUAGAAUGACUCAUGUAAUUGUAAUUAUUCUUAUGUUAAUUUGAAGUAAACGAUGUCCAAAUUUUAAAUGAUUCAAAAUAUUAAAAUAUAAUCACAACAUAUAAAACCCACGAAAAACCGCAUAUAAAAUAAAAUGAUUGAUAAUUAAUAUAUGUGUUGUUAUUAUAAUGUUGUUGUAAAUAAAUUACAAUUACUCAAUGAUGCUUAAUUUUGGUUUCCUCACCCAUCACUUAUUCCACAUAACUUUGAAAAGAAUUUGUCUUUCUUCCUUAUGCUCUACACAAUAAUACAAUCCAUAUAAGCACAGCCAAUGCAUGUAUUAUUGUGA